AUGGCUGCUAGAUACACCGUCAAAGAUAGCGAUGGGAAGGACGUGUGGCAUGAGUUCAAGCGAGAUCUGCUCAGUUGCGGGUUUCGGGGUGAGAAUAUUGUCCAGCACCAUGACGAUCUGAGAAAUCACUUGUAUGAAUUGAGGCGAAGUUUCAAUGACAAAAGUCUUGAUAUUACGAUUUUUCAAGUGAAUGCAUCCUGCGGACAGUCACCUCGAUCCGGGGGAAUACCGAAGCCACGCAAAGUCUCUGUCCAUUUAGAGCUGCAAUCAGAUGGGACGAGAGCAAAUGGAGAUCAAGCGAAGCCGAAAGUCAACCAGAAUACUGAGCAGCCAUGUCCCGCGAAACCGAAACGAUACAAUGUGAACGGGAAGAUUGUCGAAAUGGGCGACUCAACUCAAGAUUCUCCCUCGCAACCAGAGUUGCGAACACAGCGUGAACGACGAACACGACAGCCGUUUCGACCUGCUUCACCUUCAGGUUGGAGUUCAGCGCCGACAGCAGGCUCGAGAGCGUCGAUGAAAGAUCACCAGCGACCAUUUGUCCACAACUACAAACCACAAGCCUCCCCCGACAAGUCCAACCCUACUACCCCCGGCCAGUUUCCUGGCACGCCCAUAGAUCCCAGGUAUCCAAAGUACACCUUCCAACCAACACCAAACCCAUACAUCACUCCCCCAAAUGGGUACCCUCCACCAGGCUACUACACCCACACAUAUCAGACAACUCCAAUGCCAAUGCCAUACUUCCAAACACCUCCUCCUCCGAGCUACGCAUACGGAGCAUCAUUCCAAUAUCCACAACAAUACGCACCAUAUCAACCCCAAUACCAAUACCAUACCCACGACAACACAACCACCUCCACCCCCGAACCAACACCGCAAGCCUUCCCACCCAAUUCUAAUUCCAAUUUCAAUUUCAACUCAAACCAGGUCAACCCCAAAGCAAACCAACCCCUCCUUCAACUAACGUACGAAAAACUCCCACCUCAAGAUCUCCACCCCCUAAACGACCUCCCCACCCUUCCAGAAGGCUGGGACUGGCGCAUAGACAACAAGAACCGCCUCUUCUACGUAGACACCUACGUAGACGGGCCCCAAAAGCGAUGUUUCUGGAAACCGCCCAUCCAAGAACCGGACGAAGAGAUCCUUCCGGUUCCAGGCUGGGAACGGACAGUCACGCUGUACGGUCGUAUUUUCUGGACACACACCCGGUCGAAGAUUGUGUCGUAUGAGUUUCCUCUUUCUUGUUCGCAGUUUCGGCACACGCCCACUUGGGAAUUGUAUUUGGGGCUUGAGGUGGAUACGGCUGGGGAUGGGGCUGUGUGGUGGAGGCAUUGGUCGUGUUUGAGGGCUGGGUUGGUUGUUCUUGAUGAUUCAGAGGUUGCGUGUCGGAUUGCUGGGGAUGGGGAGUUGUGGUGGGGGAAUCCGAGUGUUUUGGAACGGGGGUUGAGGUUGUCCGUUUGGGAGGGGGCUGGUGAGAGUGUUCUUUCUGAGGCUGGGGUGUCUUUGGAUGGAGAUUGUGGUCCUGGGGAUGGGGUUGGAGAUCAGGAUGGCAUUCACUUUGGUAACGCAACCUCGACAGUUAACGGAUCACCCAUGUCUAUGGGCUCUAAUUAUCAAAGAGCGUCGGUUGAGGAUAUCACCGAAGAGGAGACGGACAAGUAA